AUGAACAAAGCGCUUACCAGCCUGGCCAUAUCGUCCAUCAAGCUGGAAGCAUCACAGCAUCACUUCGUGAAGAAGGUGCGACUUUUUCUGCAUAGCAGUGGACUCCCCAGGGAAAGUAUCCUCCCCCGAGAAAGUAUCACCCCCCGGAGGGUAAUUGCACAAUUUAGCCAUCCAGUAAUAUACAAAAGUUGGCGUAUUAAGUUUCCCCAGAGGAGGAAUUUCGCCCAAGUGUUUCACAAACAAACGAUGAAUAGCGCAAACAGCGAGAAAAAAAAUUACGGACAUGUGCAGGCGGAAGGGAAGGACUCAUUGGAGAAGGGAGGAGCACACUCAAAGGGAAGUAACAACUACGAAUGUAAAUCCGAGGGGGACUACAAUUAUGACUACGACUAUGUGGUCAUCGGGGGAGGCCCCGGUGGAAUGGCGUCCGCGAAGGAAGCAGCGGCACACGGAGCGAAGGUACUCCUGUUCGAUUACGUUAAGCCAAGUAGUAAAGGAACCAAGUGGGGAAUAGGAGGGACGUGUGUGAAUGUAGGCUGUGUGCCAAAAAAGUUGAUGCACUACGCAGGAAAUAUGGGUAGCCUUUUCAAGAUGGACUCUACUCCAUACGGUUGGUCUUAUAACAAUUUAAGUCACAGUUGGGGGAAGCUAGUUAGCACGGUUCAAUCGCACAUACGUUCUCUAAAUUUUAGCUACACGACAGGACUGAGGUCAUCUAAGGUGAAGUAUAUCAACGGAUUAGCAACCCUGAAGGAUGAACACACCGUGUCGUAUUACCUGAAGGGAGACCCAUCCAAGGAAGAGUCCAUCACGGCAAAGUAUAUUCUCAUCGCUACUGGAUGUAGACCCCAUAUCCCCGAAGACGUGGAAGGUGCAAAAGAACUUAGCAUAACGUCAGAUGAUAUUUUUUCUAUGAAAAAGGAUCCAGGAAAGACGCUAGUCGUUGGAGCAUCUUACGUUGCUUUGGAGUGUGCAGGGUUCCUGAACUCGUUAGGAUAUGACGUCACUGUUGCGGUGAGGUCCAUCGUAUUGCGUGGGUUCGAUUCUCAGUGUGCACUCAAGGUAAAGACUUACAUGGAGGAGCAGGGGGUUCUCUUCAAACAAGGAGUUCUUCCGAAGAAGUUAUCCAAAGUGGAGGAAGAAAAAAUAUCUGUUCUGUUCAGCGAUGGAACGAGUGAACUGUUCGACACCGUUCUCUACGCAACGGGAAGGAAAGGAGACAUCGACAUGCUGAAUCUGGACCAGCUCAAAAUCCAAGUUAAUAAAAAUGUGAAAAAAAUUAUUACCAACGAUGUUAGCUGUACUAAUAUUCCAAACAUUUUUGCCGUGGGGGACGUGGCUGCAGAUGUUCCUGAGUUAGCGCCUGUAGCUAUUAAGGCGGGUGAGAUCCUAGCCAGGAGGUUAUUUAACAAGUCACAAGAAAUCAUGGAUUACACAUUCAUACCAACGUCCAUUUAUACACCCAUUGAAUAUGGAGCCUGUGGUUACUCAGAAGAAAAAGCAUACGAAUUGUUUGGCGCAUCCAAUGUAGAGGUGUUCCUCCAAGAGUUUAACAACUUAGAAAUAUCUGCAGUACAUAGGGAGAAACAUGUUCGAGCUCAGAAGGAUCAGUACGACACAGAUGUGAGUAGCACCUGCUUGUCCAAACUCGUUUGUUUAAAAAAUGAGGACAAUCGGGUGGUUGGCUUUCACUAUGUGGGUCCUAAUGCAGGAGAAAUUACACAGGGUAUGGCUCUCGCAUUGAGACUGAAGGCUAAGAAGAGCGAUUUUGAUAAAUGUGUUGGCAUUCACCCGACUGAUGCUGAGUCGUUCAUGAACCUCACCAUCACGCGGUCGUCUGGCUUGUCCUUUGCCGCCAAGGGGGGCUGCGGCGGGGGCAAGUGCGGCUAA